GAGAAAUAUCGAUAAUAGCUUCUCUUCUUUCAUAUACAGAUCUUCCCCUUCUGAGACAAACCCAUUUAAAAUCUCCAUCUCAAUGGAAGAAAGGCCAUCAGUACAUAUGGAGAGAACCUGCAAGAUCAUCAGGAGAUCGAUCUACACCUUCCUCAAGAACUACCAAUACUUCACUACAACAGCAGCAGUUAUUGUAUUCCCUGCCUCUGCUUCAAUUCUCCUCUCUCAAUCACUUGGACCACUGUUGUUGCCUCUCUUUUCAAUCAUUCAAGUUCGUCUUCAAUCACUCUUUUGUGCUUCUGGGUUCCCACCCUCAUCAAAGUUCAUCUCACUUCUCAAUCUAAAGUUAUCUCAAACCCUCUGUUCCUCAAUUUUAUCUAUUCCCUUCACCCUUUCCUUUCUCCUAUUAGCAAAAGCCUGUGUAAUUGAUGCUCUUCAACCUUACUUUUCUUCUUUCCUAUCCCUUUAUGUUCCCCUCCUCAUCACCCAUCUAUGCAACUCCUUUAUUAUCCUCUCAGCAAACGCAGUCACCUUCUCUCUGCUCUUCCUUGUCUUCAGUAUCCUUGAUGUUUUUGGCUUCUCUUCACCCAAUAUCCUUCUUGUGGUCUUGGUGGCUGCUGCCAUCUUCUACUCUGUCAUCCUUGCUAAUAGUCUUGUUGUCUGCAACCUAUCCUUGGUUGUAGCAGGGAUGGAGAACUGCAGUGGGUUUCUGGCAAUCCUCAAGGCCUGUAUGCUGAUCAGAGGAAGGGCUUCAACUGCACUUUCUCUGGCUCUCCCUGUUAAUCUGGGUCUGGCCUUUGUGGAAGCUUUGUUUCAGUACCGGAUCGUAAGAGUGUAUAAUCAUUCUGAUAGGCUCAGUCACUCUAUACUCUUAGAGGGUAUGUUCAUUGCAUACUUGUACUCCCUCUUCAUUCUCCUGGACACCAUUGCAAAUUGCAUGUUAUUCAAGAGUUUCAAGUCAAGUUCUCAUAUGGACCCUGAGUGCAGAUAUUUUUACCCUGAAGAGAUUCUGGGGGAUGAAGACUGCAGCACCAUUACAUACUCAAAAAAUUUGCUAGAACUACCCUGAAGAGCUUUGUUAUGGACUCAUUUUUAUGCUUCAGUAUUCUUUCUUCUUGUAAAUGGAAACUUUGUAUACAGGUUCAUUUUUCAUUAUUAGAGGCUUUUGUUUCUUUGAUUGGUUUUACAUCCUGUGUUAUGAAACACAUUCCAGGGGCGUAAGUUUACCCACCGAAAAGAAUUAAGUUACAAUACUGUAGAAA